CCGGGGUGGAGGGCUGGCACUUCUCCCCCGGGGGCACCCCCAAAGGAUGUGAGCUUUUGCCGUGCACUUUAAAGAACGGCCCUUCUGCUGUGUCAAGGUGUGGAGACUAUCGAGGACUCCAGUCCAUGGAUUUAUUAGCUUUAAUACAACAUUUUUUUCCAGACUGACAGUUGAUCCCUUGUCGCUACUAAGCUCCUUAAUGACACCACGUUGUCCACAGGCUGGCGAUCUUGAAGGAUGGGUGACUGGAGCUUUCUGGGGCGUCUGCUAGAGAACGCCCAGGAGCACUCCACGGUGAUCGGCAAGGUGUGGCUGACAGUCUUGUUCAUCUUCCGGAUCCUGGUGCUGGGCGCCGCCGCCGAAGAGGUUUGGGGAGACGAGCAAUCCGACUUCACCUGCAACACGCAGCAGCCCGGCUGCGAGAACGUGUGCUACGACCAGGCCUUCCCCAUCUCGCACAUCCGCUUCUGGGUCCUGCAGAUCAUCUUCGUGUCCACGCCCACGCUCAUCUACCUGGGACACGUUCUGCACAUUGUACGCAUGGAGGAGAAGCGCAAGGAAAAGGAGGAGGAACUGCGAAAAGCCAACAAAUUCCAGGAAGAGGAGGAGAAGGAGAUGCUGUUCAGGAGCGGCGACAGCAGUGGUGGGGACGGAGGCGGUGGCAAAAGGGUGAAGCCCCCCAUUCGGGACGAGCAUGGCAAAAUCCGCAUCCGGGGGGCCCUGCUGCGCACUUAUGUCUUCAACAUCAUCUUCAAGACCCUCUUCGAGGUGGGGUUCAUCUUGGGGCAGUAUUUCCUGUAUGGCUUCCAGCUGCAGCCCUUGUACAAGUGCGCCCGCUGGCCCUGCCCCAACACGGUGGACUGCUUCAUCUCACGGCCCACAGAGAAGACCAUCUUCAUCAUUUUCAUGUUGGUGGUGGCCUGCGUUUCGCUUUUCCUCAAUCUACUGGAGAUCUACCACCUGGGUUGGAAGAAACUCAAGCAGGGCAUGACCAACGGAGCCGUGUUGCAACAGGAGUCAAUGCGGCGACCCGCCGGUAGCAACGCCAGAGAGCCGCAGUGCUCGGCCCCCAGGACCGCGAGCGGCUACCCCAGCAAGUACACGGACGUGACGGCCGGCAGCGCGGCCUUCCUGCCCCGGGCAGAGUUUAAGAUGGACAACUUGCAGCAGGAGGAGGCCCUCCGCCAACAUGGGCCCGCCGCCCACUACUACAUCAGCAACAAUAACAACCAUCGGCUGGCCGCCCAGCAGAACUGGGCCAACCUGGCCACGGAGCAGCAGACUCGGGAGAUGAAAACCACCUCCCCCACGCUCUCCUCCUCCUCCUCUUCUUCCUCCUCCUCAUCCAACCAGCCACCCGUGGUGGGCACCGCCCCCAGUGCCACCCCCAGGUCAACGGGUACCAGUCCUAGUGCCCGCAGCAGCCCAGGCUCCAAGGUCAACGAGUCGGAUAAUAGCCGCUUCACCACAACCACGGUGGAGAUGCACAAGCCCCCCGUGACUGCUGCACUGGACCCCCGGCGGCUGAGUAGGGCCAGCAAGAGCAGCAGCGUAAGGGCCAGACCCGAUGACUUGGCGGUAUGAGCCCCACUCUGGACCCGUGAACCCCAGAAAGCAUAGCUUCCACAAACCAAAAUGAUACCGAAAGGUGGUGGUAGACUUCAGAUGAUGAUUCAGUGACCAAGCCCCUUUUCACACCCAGUUUCCGAAUUCACCCAUCAGAGGCGUAACGUAACGAUAGAGCGGGCAUUUAUUAGCCUGUUUUUAGAACCCACCAAAACCAUGAUGUGGGUUCAUUUGGCACCUGCUGAGACCACGAAAGCUGCCAAAUUCACGGAUUGACUUAGAGCCC